CAGGAGGAAGUAAUGUCAGUCAGUCUUUUUUCUGAGGAUCCGUUGCCGAGAAACCAAGCCUCGGUUCAGACGACCCAACAUGCGAGGCCUCAGCCUGAAGGCUCGUAACUUUUCAGAGAUGCCAAGGCUGCCCUUGUGUUUCUGCUAAUUUCCCCAAUUAGCCAAGAAGGAUCUAUUGGUUCUAUCUACUGGUUUCUGUUCGUCCCUUCUUGUUCUCCGACCCUCGCCCUCGAUCAUUAUUGUUUGUCCCGCCGUUUGAAAGCAAGCUAAAGUCUAAACGAGAGAGUCUCCCUUUAAGUCGACGAAGCCUUCACAAAGGUGAGCUGGAUUUGUUUACCCCCUUAUGUACAUUUUUAAUGUGUGUCUUGUGCAGCCCUUUGAGACACUCGUAAUUUAGGGCUAUUUAAGUAAACAUUGAUUGAUCGAUGGAAUGAAUAAGGUUGGGACAAGAGGAAGUGAUGUCAGUCAGUCUUUUCUCUGAGGAUCCGCUCGACAGCCAAGGUUCAAAACCAGGAUUCGGUGUGUGUCCCCCCCAUGCCCUUCUUGUUCUGUCACAAAGUCCGCCUCUUGUCCUCGUGAUCUGUUUCCCCCCCCCAUCCCCAUCCCCGUCCCCCCGUGCUCGUGUCAUAACCCCUCGUCAACUUUAUUGACGGACCAUAGAAAUAUGGCGUCCUUCCUUUUCCCCGGAUUGUUAUGUGUUUGAGUAACUUAUUGUGGUGAUGCUAUUUUCUAUAUUAAAAAAAAAUAAAUACUGUGGACUUUUAGGUGGCUUAACAUUUUGUAGGGACAUGUCAUAUUUGUAAGAGUAAAUAAAAACAAAAAAAAGGGGCGGGGCAUCUUCCCUUUCAUGCACAGGGCGUGUACAAACAGGAUGUCCCUCCGAGCUACAUAUUACUUCUUUCUGGUACAUACUUUUUGAUUAUUUUUUUUGCCGGACUUUCUGUUCCUCGGUUCCCUCGGGAGGUGGUUGGUAUCUGUUGCAUGGGGAGAAGGCAGGGGAUUGUGGUCUAGAGCUGCAUGAUGUAGGCUGUGUGUAAUUAACCCACGUUGGAUCAUGUGUUCCAAGCUACCAGGAUUUAAAAACUUUUAAGACAACAUCAUGCAGGCGAGACGUCCAAGCUGCCUGACGACUUCCAGUUGUUUAUUAUUUGUUGUAUACACAAAAAUGCACUGAAUAAAAUGUUUAUAUUAAGAUAUACUUUUAAAA